UGAUUAUCAAUUCAAUUUAAUACAAUUGAGUGACCAAACUAUAAAUUGAACAUUGCAGUAACAAGCAAUACAAAUUGCAGGUCAAUCUCAAGGAGGAAAAUGGCGACCAUCAUUGUCCCUAAGGACUUUUCUCCUGUGGAAGAUGCAGAAAAUAUCAAGAGGGCUUGUCUAGGAUGGGGAACAGAUGAGAAGGCAAUAAUAUCAAUACUAGGACAUAGAAAUUCAUUUCAAAGGAAGCUUAUAAGGCUAGCUUAUGAAGAGAUAUACCAAGAGGAUCUCAUCUUCCAGCUUAAAUCUGAGUUAUCUGGUAAUUUUGAGAGAGCAGUAUGCCUAUGGACAUUGGAACCAGCUGACAGAGAUGCUGUCUUAGCAAAUGAGGCAUUACAAAAGGUGAUACCUGAUUACAGGGUAAUUGUUGAGAUUUCCUGUGUCAGUUCUCCCGAAGAUCUCCUGGCAAUCAGGCGUGCCUAUCGCUUCCGUUACAAAAAUUCCUUGGAAGAAGACGUUGCCUCUCACACUACUGGCGAUAUUCGAAAACUUUUAGUUGCGCUAGUUAGUGCAUAUGGGUACGAUGGCCCUGAAAUUGAUGAGAAGGUUGCACAUUUGGAAGCUGAUAUUCUACGUGAUAAUAUCUUUGGAAAAGCUUUUAACCAUGAAGAAUUUAUUAGGAUAUUGACUACAAGGAGCAAGGCACAACUUAAGGCAACUUUCAACUAUUACAAGGACAUUCAUGGAACAUCAAUUACCAAGGGUUUGUUGGUUGACCAUGCUGAUCAAUAUUUAGCUGCAUUACGUAUGGUAAUAAGGUGCAUUGGAGAUCCUAAAAAAUAUUUUGCAAAGGUACUGCGUUAUGCCAUUAAUACAGAGGGUACUGAUGAAGAUGCUCUGAGUCGUGUGAUUGUUACACAUGCAGAGAAGGAUUUGGAGGAGAUCAAGGAGCUGUACUUGAAGAGAAACAAUGUCUCUCUUGAUGUUGCUGUGGGUAGAGAUACUUCAGGAGACUACAAGGCAUUUCUCUUAGCCUUGCUAGGGAAUGAUAAUAAUUUACACUAUCAAUUAACUAUGUCAAGCUUUUUAAGUUGCAUUAAACGAGUGAAAAAUAAAUUGAAGGAUUCUCUAUUAGGUAGAUCUACUGAUAAUCACCAGGAGUUUAAUCUCAAUCUUGAAGAUUCUAUUUCUAUAGAUGAACUGGAUACUAUAGUGGAUGAAGAAGACGAGGAGGAUUGCCGGUGGUCAAUCUCUCAAAAAGAAAGCUUGUUUGAGGAAACCCUAGAGGCAAACUUUAAUUAUGAAGGGUUGGGCCUAUUGGAUAUAACUUUCUUCUAUGUAAGAUUAAAGAGUUGUGGAGGCUGA